UCAUAUAUGACAUACUGCCAGCUGAGAAGACUGGGCACGUCCACAUCUCUGCUCUUCUCACUCGUAGUCAUGCAAAACUGACCGCUUUACUAUAUCUACAUCAUCCUCUGAGACCCGGAAUGAAGACUUGGGAGUUUAAGUUAACACAAGAGUAGUAUGCUGGACGUGGGAAAGUGGCCGGUGUUUGCCCUCCUGCCCCCUGAGGAACUGCGGCUCAUCCGCCAAGCCUGUGUGUUCGGUAGCGCCGCAAAUGAGGCUAUCUACUUUACCGUCAAUGAUGAGGUGUUUGCACUGGGGACGAACUGCAGUGGCUGCCUGGGGCUCGGGGACACGCAAAGCACCAUUGAGCCCAGGCGGAUAGACAUCUUGUGUGGGAAAAAAAUUGUGUCUUUGAGCUACGGCACAGGACCACACGUGGUCAUCGCCACUGCAGAUGGAGAAGUUUACGCCUGGGGUCACAAUGGCUACAGUCAGCUGGGUAAUGGCACCACCAACCACGGUCUGACUCCUGCCUUGGUUUCCACCAACCUCAUCAGCAAGAGGGUGACAGAGGUGGCCUGUGGCUCUCAUCACACCAUAGCCCUCACCACAGAGGGAGAGACUUACGGCUGGGGUUAUAACUGCAAUGGGCAGCUUGGUUUGGGUAACAAUGGCAACCAGCAAACCCCUUGCCGGAUCGCCGCCUUACAGGGAAUCAACAUUGUACAGGUGGCAUGUGGAUAUGCACACACAUUGGCUCUUACAGAUGAAGGAUUUGUUUACUCUUGGGGUGCAAACUCAUAUGGGCAGCUGGGUACUGGCAACAAAAGCAACCAGGCUGUGCCCACCCUCAUCAACAUGGACAAGGAAAGAAUAGUGGAGGUUGCUGCGUGUCACACCAGUCACACAUCAGCGGCGAAAACACAGAGCGGUCAGGUGCUGAUGUGGGGUCAGUGUCGGGGUCAGGCAGUGGCCUACCCUCACCUCACACACUUCACCAGCACUGACGAUGUCUUCGCCUGCUUUGCCACACCGGCAGUCACCUGGCAUCUUCUGUCUGUGGAUGGAGAUGACUACCUGACUGUUGCCCAGUCGCUAAAGCGAGAGUUCGACAGCCCAGAAAUCUCUGACCUAAAGUUCCUGGUUGAUGGGAAGUGUAUUCACGUGCACAAAGCCCUGCUUAAAAUCAGGUGCGAGCAUUUCCGAGCAUUACUGAAUGAGACAGAUGAAGAGACCAUAGAGAUUCAUCAGUUUUCUUAUCUGGUGUAUCGUGCAUUCCUGGAGUACCUGUAUACUGAUACCAUUAACCUCCCACCUGAGGAUGCCAUUGGUCUGCUGGAUUUGGCCACGUACUACCGUGAGAGCCGUCUGAAAAGACUGUGUCAGGAGACCAUCAAGAGAGGCAUCACAGAGGAGAACGCUAUAACACUGCUCUCAGCUGCUGUCAAGUAUGAAGCCCGGGAUCUGGAAGAGUUCUGUUUCAAGUUUUGCGUUAACCACCUGACGGCUGUCACUCAGACGCAGGCCUUCGCCGACAUGGACCACGAUCUGCUGAAGAACUUCAUCAGCAAAGCCAGCCGCCACGGAGCAUUCAAGAACUAACAGAAAGAUAUUGGCUGAGGAGGUAUUUUGUUUUGGCUCUGCCACAUCCAGGCAAGUUAUCUCUAAUACCUCAGAUUUGGGGAGAGAGGAGCCAAAUUCAUGUAGUUUGACUGUGAAGAAGUGGUAAAAGCCACAGCACUGGUUGUCUUCUGGGUCCCAGUGCCUUUAAAUGACAUCCCCAUCUGAAGCCUGAUCUGAUAGAUCUAUGUAAAUGGAAGAAUUCAAGACUGGAUUCAAAGGGAUCAGACGAGUCUCAAAAGAUUGUAUUGAAAUACAGUAGCUAAACGAAAAGAAACCUCUGAAGGUGCUCUAUGAGGAAGGGAUUCAUCUGUGCAUAAGCAAAAGGGAAGAUCAUCUCAUGUAGGAGAUGGUUGAUGGGAGAAAGAGUUGCUUUUCUGUUACUGAAUUAUUAUUUUGGAUCAAGAUCACAAUCAUUUGCAACAUAUUUCCAGUCCUUAAAUAUAUAAUAGAUUGGAAAGUUACAGUCAGCCAAACAAGUUGUCCAUCUCAAAUCCAUCUAUCAUUGUCAUCAUGAUGGCCUUUAUAAAGCAGGCCAACAGCUGUACCUCCAGUGGGAGGUUACCUGUGUCAUAGGAUAUCAUGUUUUUUUUCCUGGUAUUAGAAGAAACUUUACUCAGUAAUAUGUCUUUAUAGUGGUAUAGUAUUAUUUUUAAAUGUAGUAUUAAGUGGCUCCAAUUUUAUUUGCUGAUCCAACUAAUGUCAUUUAUGUUUUUUUUUUUUUUUACUGACAGUAAUGUUACUUUUGAUAUGUUUGCGCUCUUUCUGUGUAACAGUAUUAUUUUGAAUAUGUCAGAAGGGUCAAUGUGUGUGAUUUUGUCAAGUCAUAUUUUUACAAGCACUAACACAAGUGUCAGGGUGAAAUCUCUCAAAAACUGUCAAGGAACUGUGCGGACCAUAUUUCAGCCCAAAAUGAAAAAAAAAGAAACAGGAAAUUAUAUUUU